GUCAGUACACAGUUUCACAGUUCCAGAAUUAAGAAUAUACAGCAAAAUACAUACACUCACACACAAGUACAAGGUUCACCCAAGUACGUGAAGGAGAUUGUUAAUUAAUUAUGACCUUAGUUGUGUUAUGAAAAGUGAAACAUUCGGCUUGGCCAGAUGUUAAAUGAGCACAUCCAUACCAAAUUGAAGUGAUUGAAUAUGAUGCACCAAGUUCUGAAAGCCUUUCCAGAUGAUAAACCUAUAACAGCUAUCUGUAUUAUUGAAGACUCUUCAAAAUGUCCUCCAGGAUUUUAUGUGGUGUCUAGAACUCACGAUCAAGACGCUGAUGCUGAUCUGUGGAGGGAGGCUAAUUUCUUUGGACGUAAAAUAACUCGCUAUAUAUGUUUAAGUAAAACGGAAGGAAUUGCUGAUUAUGUGGUUGAAAAUAUUGGAGUUAUUAAUGAAAAAGAAACUCCUCCAGAUGGUUACUGCCUCAUACCUCGGACAAUUGAUUCUGAGCAAAAAGCAUGGCGCAAACGUCAAAUGUGUUACCGGUUGACUAGGCGGAAUCUUGCUCUUUCAGCCGUCACAGACAUUAUAUUAUUGGGAAGAGCAAAAAAGGCACCAGAGGGUUUCUCUCUUGCUGGUGAUAUCAAUGGUGUGUUACUUUGCUUUAAAACAGGACCUAUACACCAACCCCCUCCAAGCAACACUCCUCUUCUAGGUUACAGUUUAAAUCCCCUAAAAAAUGGAGAUUUACGACCAGCACCUCGAAUACCCAUCAGUUGCAAUGACGAUAGUUCUCCUACACACGAUUACGAGAACUUGAUCCGGCCAAAACGACCAGCUCCUCCUCGCCCACCACCAGCACAAUCCGUCUACAGCACCAUUGCAACGUAUCAUGGCCUAGAAGGAAUACCAUUUAUAAUGAAUGCAAAAUUUAAUAGUGAACCGACAACAACAAUAUCGGGGAUUCCUACAAUAAAGGCCAAAACACAGUUGGAAUUAGAUAAAGAGUACGACUAUGACUUCCGUCUUGAACGGCAGACGUAAUAACUACUGUUACUAGUAAGGAGUGGACUUUAGACAUUUUGUACAGAUAUUUUGUUGUCAGCAGUAAUUUUAUUUUUGGAGUUUUUACAAUUUUAUCUACUGUAACUAUAUUUUUUACCCAAUUUAAAUUAAUUUAUUUUCAUUAAGUUGUCAUUUUUCAGAUUAAGUGAUUGGCUUACAAUUUAGUAUUGUUAACUAUUGCCUUGUUACCAGAAAAUAGCAUGAAUGUUUUAUUAUAUUUAUUUGGUUCUUGUAUAUUUUGAAUGUCAUUGCUUUAUAAUACUAUUUUAUUCUGUACCACUUAGUUUAUUGCAAGUUUAAAAAAUAAUGUUUUAUAACAUGCUGUAAUUAAUGGUUCUAGUCUUCAAGUAUAAGAUGGUUCUAAUAGAAAUGUAAAUAUUUUUUAUCAAUUUGAAGAUAGAUAAGUACUUUUCUGCCUGUUAACAUAUUAGAUUAAUUGUGUCUUGUUAGAUAUUUUUAUACAGUUGUACCUCUCUAGUUGACUAUGCUGUAUAUACAAUUAUCAAACAGUAAAUCAUAAGUUACUUUGCA